AUGGACUCCGACUGGAAGGCCAACACCGGUAGGGUGGCGCUCAUCAAGCGGAAGAUCGUGACGCUGCUCGUCGCCUGGCGUGUCCACCGAUCCGUCCAGAAGCUGAAGUCCGAGCUCGCCAAGCAUCCGGAGCUCAGCGACAGGGAGCAGAAGCAGCGCUGGGACGAGCUGCACCGGAAGAACGCGAAGCUGGCCCUUGCGCACAUCCGGAAGUACAAGGGUUUCUUGACCAAGGUCGGCCAGAACGCCUCUACCAAGACGGGUGAGCUGCCGCAGCCUUGGGUCGAGGAGCUCAAGACGCUGCAGGAUCGGCUCCCCGUCUCGCCCUUCCGGGAGGUGCGGAAGACCGUUCGCGAGGACCUCGGUAGGCCCUUGGACGAGAUCUUCACCGGGUUCGAGGAGAAGCCGUUCGCGUCCGCGAGCGUGGCGCAGGCGCACAGCGCGCGCCUGCGGGACGCCGCGCAGACCAAGGUUUGCGUGAAGGUGCAGCACAGAGGGGUCGCGAAGCUCAUGAGCACCGACCUCGGCACCGUGGAGUACAUAUGCAGGAAAGCGGUGCGGUAUCACAAGGAGACGCCCGACAUGAGGGGCCUGGUGGGCGAGUGGAAGCGCGCCACGACGGAGGAGAUCGACUUCAAGCUGGAGGCCAAGAACGCCAUCCGCGCGAUCCGCGCGCUGGAGCGCGGCAACGUCGACUGCGGCUGCGCGGAGCCCAUCGAGCGGUGCUCGGGCCGACGCGUGUUGACGAUGGUGUUCAGCGAGGGCUGGAAGAUCACGGACGUCGACAGCUUCCCCCCCGGCGCGGACAGAGCGCGCAUCUGCCACGAGCUCGUCAAAGCCUUCUCCACCCUCGCCUUCCAGGAGGGAGAGUGCCCCCUCGCCGGGGUGGCCUCCGGUGGGCGCGCGGCCCGCUGCUGCCGCACCGCACGCAGCGAUCGGGACGUCCAGGGCGCUCCCGGGACGCACCUUGAGAUCGAGGUGGCCCCAGGGGCGAGAGGUCGCGACCUCAAGCGCCGGGUGUCGCGGCACCUCGGCGUGCCGUGCUUGUACCAGGCCUUGCGGGCGGGGGGCCAGGCCGUCGAGGACGAGGACGCCCUGGCCGACCACUGGCUGGACCGCGGCGCCCCGCUGGCCGUCGCGGUGCUGGGCGCCUGCGGGCCCGAGGCGCCGCCGGGGCCGCCCGGGCCAGAAGCUGCGCUGCGGAGGGCGGGCUUCCGCCCCGUGGCUCUGCUGCCGGAGGGCGGCGAGGUGUACAGGAUCCGCGAGGCGGGCGGCGCGCGGGACUCCUUCACGGCGAAGGCCAUCGGGCUCUCCGGAAUGGAGCAGGAGGCCAGGGACACCGUCCUGCAGGAGGUGGCGCUGCUCCGGGACCUCGCCCCGCACCCCAACCUGGCCGACUGCCGCCGGAGCUUCUCCGACGGGGGCUACUGCUUCCUCGUCACGCCGUGCCUCGACGGCCGCACGCUCCGGGCCGCCGUCGCCGAGGCGCUGUCCGGGCGCGGGGCGCCGUGCUGCACCCAGGCCGCGGCCUGGGCGCCUCAGCUGCUGGCCGGCCUGGCGCACCUCCACGGCGCGGGAGGUGUGCACAGGAACCUGAAUCCCGGCAGCAUCUUGCUGCAGAACGGGGACCAGAACGUCGUGCUCACCGAUUUCGGCAUCUCCGAGCUGCUCGCGGAGGCCGCGAGCAGCAGGCGCGCGGCGGCUUACAUGUCCCCCGAGCUGCUGCGCAACGAGCCGCACGGCCCCUGGGACGACAUGUGGGCCCUGGGCUGCACGCUGUACGAGCUGUGCGCGCUCGUCCCGCCCUUCGAGGCGCCCUCCCUGCUGGACCUGGCCAUCCGCAUCAUCGAGGGGGAUCCGGACUGGUCCGCCUGGGAGGGCCCCGCGCCGCUGCAGGCCACCGCGCGGCGCCUGCUCGCGAGGCGCCCCGCCGAGCGGCCCAGCGCCGCCGCGCUGCUCGCCGAGGACGCCGCCGCCGCCACCGCGGCCGUGCGGCGGCGGGCGCGUGCGCCGGCACAGGCGUGGGCCGAGACGCCCGGCGCCCCGGGCCAGGCCGCGCCCUCGCCCCGGGCCCUGCGCGAGGCGACUGGCGGGAAGGCGGGGACUGCGGGGGCGGGCCCCGGCGCGGAGGGGUGCUGCGGCGGCUCGGCCGCGGGGGCCAAGGUGGCCUCUGCCGCGCGGCCACCGCUCCACGGCCGCUCGGCGUGGCAGGGUACGGAGCCCCUCGUCGUGAGCCAGGUGUGA